UCAAACCACAAACAUGAACACAAUUCUGUUUUUUGCUGUUUGUUUGGCUGUAAUAGCCGUGGCUCUGUCAAUAUCAUGCGGAACUGAUGUCAACAACGACUGCCGCCACAUUAAAUGCGAACCAGACGACGAUUACGAACGUGCUUGCGUCAACGGCACGUGCACAUGCAUUGCCAGCAGAUGUCAUAAAGCGUCAUGCAGCGGACGUCCAGACAACUGUAAACACGACACCGGCGUCCACGGCUGUACCUGUGACCACGACUGGCACUGCAUCGACGGCCACUGCGCCUGUGGAUUCCACGUUGUCGGUUAGGUCAGGGAAGGACAGUGGUGCCUAAACUCAGUGCUAAGACAUAAGCUGAUCUAAUGGAAGAAUGGAAGACCAAAAAAUACAUUCCUAAUAUAAUUUGUACUGUUUUGUUUUUGUUAAUAAAAAUAGUAAAAUAA